AUGUCGCAACAACAGGAUGAUAAUGUGAUGCGAAGGAAGCUCGUGAUUAUCGGCGACGGUGCAUGUGGAAAAACCAGUUUGCUCAGCGUCUUUACCCUCGGCUACUUCCCAACCGUGCCUACGGUAUUCGAGAACUACGUGACGGAUUGCCGGGUUGACGGCCGCUCGGUCCAAUUGGCUCUAUGGGAUACCGCCGGACAAGAAGAUUAUGAGCGCUUGCGCCCACUGGCAUACUCGAAAGCCCAUGUUCUCCUGAUUGGAUUCUCUAUGGAUACUCCGGAUUCGUUGGAAAACGUGAAACACAAGUGGAUCGAUGAAGCAAACGAGCGCUGCCCUGGUGUGCCGAUCCUUCUCGUUGGAUUAAAGAAAGAUCUUCGUGAAGACCCCUUGGCGAUUGAGGAAAUGCGCAAGAAGUCACUCAAGUUCGUGACGACAAAAGAAGGCAGCGACAUUGCCGCGUCAAUUGGGGCUCGCAAAUAUCUCGAAUGCUCCUCGCUGACUGGCGAGGGUGUCGACGAUGUAUUCGAAGCAGCUACCCGUGCUGCAUUGCUUACGUUCGACAAGCGAAAAUCGUCAUGCUGUGUGGUGAUCUGA